AUGCGUCUCACUCUACUCCCCCUCCUCCUAUUCUCAAGCCUGGCCCUCGGAAACACCCUCAAUGUAACCGUCCUAGGCGCGCAAAACAACAUCUCCACCCUGGAAUGUUGGGCCCUCCUCUCGGGUUUCAAACACUCCUCAGAAGCCGGAACUGCCGGCUCUGAAUCCCUAAACCUUGGUAAACUAGGAGGUGAUUCCACCUAUACCAUUCUACCCGCCGGUUUCAAUGGCGGACGACACAACGCGCCAGCACUACAAUGGGUGAUCUUCCUUUCCGGCUUGGCGCAUAUCACACUGCCUAACUCGACUGCCGAGGCGUGGGUCGCCGGCGGGAAGAACGGGGCUAUUUUGGCGCUGGAUACGGCCGAUGUCAGUGCUUUCGGUCAUUAUACGACGUAUCCAUCGAAGGAGCAGACUAUUACGUUGGAGAUUCCGUUGGGCAACGAGGGUAUUCCUGCACAUACGGUUUUGCAUGGGGGUCCUUGUAAGGGGGAGGAGUUGAGUGCUUAG